CUCGUUUGCUGAGAGAUUUGGAUUUUUUUCCCUUGAGCACCCUGGAAAGAUGGACCUGACCUCAGUGAGAACAAACUGUCCAGCUCAUAAAAGAGAGCUGAGGAAAAAGGAAGGUGGCAGUGCACUGCUCCUGUUCCUGCACAAAGCCUGGACACAGCAUCACUUUUCCAGCUUUGCUCCUUGAAUUCAGGUCAAAUUGGCUCAAAUCCUUGGGCUGGACCCCUGCAGAAAGGAGGAAGAGCUGGUGAAUCCCUGACUGGCCCCAAACCAACCCGGGAAGAGCAGAGGGAGAAGGUUGAGGGACACAGUUAUUCCUCAUCAUCUGGGGACACAGCAAUGACACCAGGUUAAUGAAGGAGGCAGUGGCAGGGUGGCUCACAGGAUCCCCUUCCCGUCCUUCCCGGGCCGGCAGCGACUGCGGGCAGCCAGGAACGGAGGUGGGGAGCUCUGCUGGGAAGCAUGCCAGUGCGGCACUUCCUUCGUUUCGCAACCUCGACCAUAACCUUGUGGGAAUGAGGAUCAGGUGUUCCCGGCUGAUCUCAUCUGGUUCAGGGCAUUUAUCUCCAGCUCUGAGGCUUUUCUGCACUUUGUCGGUGGCACCAGCACAGAGGCAAAACCACAGCGUUCUCCUUGUGGUUCAAAUUGGAGCAGGGAUGUGGCAAAGCAGGAGAGAGGGGAUGGAGCCCUUCCCCAUCUCCUGAUUUCUGUGUCAGGAUCAGAGAGGACCAUCCUGCUGCUGGCUCUGUCCCCACAGUCCCUGAGGCUCCAUGGCCAAGGUGCAGACUGAUCCUGAGGAUCAUGAAAUCCCUUUUCCAUCCCUCUCUCUGUUCCCACUGCAUGGUGAGAUGCUUGUGCCCUUCCUCCAGCAGGAGCUGCCUCGUCCUCUCUGCACCACCAGAGCUGCAGUGCUGAGCCCUGCUUUGACCCUCUGCCACGCUGUGGGUCCAGCCCUGGAUGAGGAGAAAGAGGAAAGGUUCCCUGUGGGCAGCACCGUGGGCCUAGGAGUGUUUGGUACCAGUCUCUUGGCAAAAGAGCCUGAGGAAUGGAAGGGUAAAGAAAUAUGACCCAGCUGCUAUGCACAAUGAGCCUUGUUACCGGCCAAAUUCGGCAACUUUUUCUCAGUACUCAUCCAUUCAAACCCUUCUCAGCUCUGUAAACCGGUGAGUUUCCUCUCAAGUCAGUAAAUCUGUGCCAGCCCACGCGGUCGAGGCUCGGUCCUGACUUUCCCCCCGCCUCGCACGAGGCUUAGAGCCGCCGCCGUCGGGUCCCGUCGGGUGCGGGCUCGGGACUCGCUGCUCCCCUCGUCUCCGUCGUGCUUGGCAGCUUUUCUCGGGGGGAAGAGAAGCAGGUUAUCUUCGGGGCAAGAGGAGCCACGGAAAGGGGCAGCGGCUGGAAGGAAGAGCGCUGGAGCAUCCCGCGGGACGGAUCCCACUCGGGUUUCCCCGGCCCGCGGACUGAGUGUAACUUCGGAGAAAAGCGACAGCGAACUUUUAUUAAUCGCCGGUGUUCAGGGCCAAGGCAUGAGCGAGCUCGGUGACAGUGAUGAGUGGUUUGGAGCGCUGGUCCCUGAAAGCGGGGCUUAUCCUCCCACUGCUCCCUUGGCUCGGCGUUGAUGAGCCGUGAAUAGGAGCCACCCUGCCGUCGGGGAUCCGGCCGUUUAUCUGCCGGGUGAUGACAGUCGGGCUGGUUUCGCCUCGCCGUCAAUUGCCGCAGCCUUCGGGAAGCGCACGGAGCUGCCGCAGCCGGGGGCUCCAUCCGACGAGGCGGUUUCACCCCUGGGUGUUGGCCCCGUCCCCGUGCUCGGGGGAUGAGGAAAUCCGUGCGGUCCCCGAGGAACCGAUCCCGGAGCCCGCUACGGGCAGGUGCUGCCCGGGCUCAGGGCACGGUGAGCCGAGCGCGGCCGGACUCAGCCGGGGCCGCACGGCGGGGAAUGGGCCCGACCCCUCCGCUCCUGUAUCCCCGUACGCACCGACGGGGAAAUCAGGCCUGAGAGUCUUUGGAUUUACUUUCAUUAAAUCCUCCCCACCUGGGAUUGCCCCUCCGCCCCUUUUUUGUUGUUGUUCAAGGGGGAAAACUCUGCAUUUAACGUCGGGAAGCUCAGGUAGCAGCCGGCGUUUCCCCUUGCCGCGAUUGCGGCAGGACGGGCUGAGGGGAGACCCAUCCAGACAAAGCCGAGCCCCCGGUCCCUCUGAGGCAGCCGAGUCACACCAAAAUUCACCUCGCCGUGGAGCCCGGUCCUGCAGCCCACGGGGAGAGCCCGGUCCGCGGGUGGGAACCGGCAGCGGGACCGAGCGAGGGGCCGCGGGGCUGGGACACGGCCCGGAGCUCAGAGGCGGCUGCGGCCGCGGAACCAGCGGGAACCGAACCGAGCGGGGCAGGAAAUGCUCCAGGAGAAAAGCCUGUCUGAAACCGAGGAAGGGUUUCCAACAGCCCCCGCGCCCGGCCAUGCGGACACCUCCGCCGGCUCCCCCGUCCUCGGCGUAGCCGGGGGGAGCAGCACGCCGCUCAGCAGCCCGCAGCUCCCCGACCCCGAGCAGACAAUAGAAAAUAUCAAAGUCUAUCUCCAUGAGAAGGAGCUAUGGAAGAAAUUUCAUGAAGCUGGCACGGAAAUGAUAAUAACCAAAGCAGGCAGGAGGAUGUUCCCCAGUUACAAGGUCAAAGUGACUGGAAUGAACCCCAAGACCAAAUACAUUUUGUUGAUCGACAUCGUCCCGGCCGACGACCACCGCUACAAAUUCUGUGACAACAAAUGGAUGGUGGCUGGGAAGGCCGAGCCGGCCAUGCCGGGCAGGCUGUACGUGCACCCCGACUCCCCGGCCACGGGAGCCCACUGGAUGAGGCAGCUGGUGUCCUUCCAGAAGCUCAAACUCACCAACAACCACCUGGACCCCUUUGGACACAUCAUCCUCAAUUCAAUGCACAAAUACCAGCCCCGGCUGCACAUUGUGAAGGCAGACGAGAACAACGCCUUUGGCUCCAAGAACACGGCGUUCUGCACCCACGUCUUCCCCGAGACCUCCUUCAUCUCUGUCACCUCCUACCAGAACCACAAGAUAACCCAGCUGAAAAUUGAGAACAACCCCUUUGCCAAGGGCUUCCGGGGCAGCGACGACAGCGACCUGCGCGUGGCUCGGCUCCAGAGCAAAGAAUAUCCAGUAAUUUCCAAAAGCAUCAUGAGGCAGAGGUUGGUGUCCAGCCACGGCCAGCUGUCAGCAAAGCCAGAUGUGAACCCACUCCAUGGGAAUCACCAGAGCCUGCAGCAUUAUCAGUAUGAGAAUGGUGCUCACAUGCAGUUUGCAGCUUCAGAUACUCAAGAUCUGCCACUCAACACCUUCACAGCACAGAGAGAUUCAGGGCUCUUCUACCAUUGUCUAAAAAGAAGAGAAAGCGCUCGGCACCUGGACCUGCCCUGCAAACGCUCCUACCUGGACGCCUCGUCCUCGGUGGGGGACGAUCACUAUUUCCGCUCGCCGCCGCCCUACGAGCAGCAGAUGCUGAGCCCGUCCUACUGCGGCGAGGUGGCCCCCAGGGAGGCCUGCAUGUACUCUGGCUCCGGCGCCGACAUCGCCGCCGUCUCGGCCGUCGACGAUUUGCCGCCGCCGCCGCCGCCGCUGAGCUGCAACAUGUGGACUUCAGUCGCACCUUACAGCGGCUACAGCGUGCAGACCAUGGACACUGUGCCCUACCAGCCCUUCCCGCCGCACUUCCCCGCCGCGCCCAUGAUGCCGCGGCUGCCGCCGGCCAUGGCGGGCCAGGCCUCGCAGCCGCCGGGGAACGGCCCCUUCAGCGUCUACAACCAGCUGGGCCCGGCCCCGGGCCGGGAGCGCGGCCCCGCCGCCGCCUUCCCCAGGGAGCGGGGACACCCGGCCGUGUGCGAGCGGAAAGCGCCGUCCCCGCACCUGAACGCGGCCAACGAGUUCCUGUACUCGCAGGGCUUCUCGCUGGCCCGGGAGUCGUCGCUGCAGUACCAUUCAGGGAUGGGCGCUGUGGAGAACUGGACCGACGGGUGACCCCCGAGGCCGCAGCCGCCCUUGUGCUCCGGGACAGUGCAGGCAGCGUCGAUACCUGUGGGUAACUUGCACUUCGCUGAGACACAUGUGCAUUUCCAGAGGGAUCUGUGUGCGUGAAGAGCUCGUAUCUUCAGGCGCACACAGAGUUCCGUCUCCUGUCUCAGUGGGCUGGAUUCAUCAGGCUCUCAGUGACUCCCAAAUAAAUUCAUUCUCGUGUCUUCAUGCAGUAGAAACCAUCCUCAUGACUAACGAGUGACGUAGCUAGUCAUGUUCUUUUGCUUGUAAUGUCAAACAUCCGUGAGCAAAUUUUGGCUAUUUGGGAAAAAUACGAGCUUCACUUUUACGGUCCUUGGCUCACGAAGCCACAGCUCCCAAAGCUCCGAGGAAAUCCCCGCUCGAUCGGUCGCGUAGCUCAAGGACUGCCGCGGCAGCGCCUCUUUAGCCCUUGGGAUCCCUGGAGAUUCCAAAGGGAUCCAGAUUGCCGAGGGAUUUGUUCCCUGGCAGCGCGGGAGCGGCGGGCCGGGCCCGAGCAGGCCCCGAUGCACAAAUGUCUCCUUUGCCCCCACAGCGGCAUCGGGCGUGGCUGGGGGAAGCGAAGAAGUGAAGAGUUAAGUCCGAGGCCAAACAGCAAAUUAAUUAAUUAAUUGCAGCGUUAGGAACAGACCCA